AUGGCCCAGCCGCUGCUGCUGCUGGUCUGCGGCGCCCUGCUGGUGGCCGGGGGCCGGCGGGGGCCCAGCGACGCCCCCGGCGGGACGGGCGAGCCCGCGGACGCGCCGACCGCGGCGCCCACGGAGGACGAGACGCUGCAGAACGAGGCGGACAACCAGGAGAACGUCCUGUCGCAGUUGCUGGGAGACUAUGACAAGGUCAAGGCUGUGUCUGAGGGCUCGGACUGUCAGUGCAAAUGCGUGGUGAGACCCCUGGGUCGAGACGCCUGCCAGAGGGUCAAUGAGGGAACCUCCAGGAAGGACGACUUCUACACCGUGGAAACCAUCACCUCAGGCUCGUCCUGCAAGUGUGCCUGUGUCGCGCCCCCAUCUGCCCUCAAUCCCUGCGAAGGGGACUUCAGGCUCCAGAAGCUGCGGGCGGCGGACAGCCGGGACUUGAAGCUUUCUACCAUCAUAGACAUGCUGGAAGGAGCUUUCUAUGGCCUGGAUCUCCUGAAGUUGCAUUCCGUCACUACCAAGCUGGUGGGGCGGAUGGAUAAACUGGAGGAGGAAGUUUCUAAAAACCUCACCAAGGAAAACGAGCAAAUCAAGGAAGACAUGGAAGAAAUUCGAACCGAGAUGAGCAAGCGAGGUAAAGAGAACUGCUCGGAGAGCAUCCUGGACGGCAUGCCGGACGUGCGCGCGGCAUUGCAGAGGGACGCGGCGGCGGCCUACGCACCCCCAGAGUAUGAGGAGCGGUUCCUGCAGGAAGAAACCGUGUCCCAGCAGAUCAACUCCAUCGAGCUGGUGCAGACGCGGCCCCUGGCUCCGCCCGAGGUGGUGAGGCCGCAGCGGCCCCUGCAGAGGCAGGUGCACCUGCGCGGCCGGCCGGCCUCCAGGCCCACCGUCAUCCGGGGCGUCACCUACUACAAGGCCAAGGACCCCGAGGAGGAGAAUGACAUCGAAGAGCAGCAAGACGAGUUUUUCAGUGGUGACAACGGAGUGGAUUUGCUGAUUGAAGAUCAGCUUCUGAGGCACAACGACCUGCUGACCACAGCCACGCGGAGGCCGGCGGCCACCCGCCAGGGCACCCCCGGGAUGAGUGUCACCCAGACCUCGGCCCAGGCCACGCCUUCCGAUCCCAGCACCCCCGGCCCCACUCUGUCUGCCUCAGUGGAACAGGUCUCAGCACCACCCCACACCUCCUCAGUGGUGCCGGGUCCCACGACAGAGGUGGGCCCGGAACCUUCCACUCAGGUACCAGCCACCACUGUGGCCCGCUCGGCCACCCAGCAGCCUUCGGCCUCGGCUUCCCUGCUUGGGGCCUCUGGGGGCGCCUUUACCAAGGCUCCACCCACGGCCCCGGUGCCUCCCACCACAGUCCGAACAGACUCACUGGAGAGAGACGUGGCCACGGGGCAAGGCACGGCCCCUGCCAGCCCCACCCUGAGCCCCGAAGAGGAGGAUGACAUCCGAAAUGUCAUAGGAAGGUGCAAGGACACGCUGUCCACGAUCACGGGGCCGACCACCCAGAACACGUACGGGCGGAACGAGGGCGCCUGGAUGAAGGACCCCCUGGCCAAGGACGAGCGGAUCUACGUCACCAACUAUUACUACGGCAACACCCUGGUGGAGUUCCGCAACCUGGAGAACUUCAAACAGGGCCGCUGGAGCAACUCGUACAAGCUGCCGUACAGCUGGAUCGGCACGGGCCACGUGGUGUACGCGGGCGCCUUCUACUACAGCCGCGCCUUCACGCGCAACAUCAUCAAGUACGACCUGAAGCAGCGCUUCGUGGCCGCCUGGGCCAUGCUGCACGACGUGGCCUACGAGGAGGCCACCCCCUGGCGCUGGCAGGGCCACUCGGACGUGGACUUCGCCGUGGACGAGAACGGGCUGUGGCUCAUCUACCCGGCCCUGGACGACGAGGGCUUCAGCCAGGAGGUCAUCGUGCUGAGCAAGCUCAACGCGGCCGACCUGAGCACGCAGAAGGAGACCACGUGGCGCACGGGGCUGCGGCGGCACCUGUACGGCAACUGCUUCGUCAUCUGCGGGGUGCUGUACGCCGUGGACAGCCACAACCAGCGCAACGCCAACAUCUCGUACGCCUUCGACACGCACACCAACACGCAGAUCGUGCCGCGCCUGCUGUUCGAGAACGAGUAUUCCUACACCACGCAGAUCGACUACAACCCCAAGGACCGCCUGCUCUACGCCUGGGACAACGGCCACCAGGUCACCUACCACGUCAUCUUCGCCUACUGACACCCCGGGCCUGCGGGCGGAGGCGCCGUGUGUGCGUGCGUGCGUGCUGAGGACGGGUGCGAGGGGGGGGAAUAUAUAUAUAUUAUUUUGUAUAAUAUUGCAAUUGUAAAAUGACAGUUUGGGUCUAUUUUUUUUUAAAGUGGAUUGUAGAUCGAUCCAUACGCGUAUGUGCUGGUCUCAUCCUCCACGGUUUAUAUUUUUGUGCAAAUGAACUUCUUUUGACCAGGAGCCACCUUCCUUCGACCCCUCCCGCUCCCAGAUCCCAGCCGCUCUGCUCCGAGGGGUUCAUCCAUCAGCGUCUCGCAGGCAACCGGGAGCGGAGGAGGCGAGAAAGAAGUGUCAAGGGGCGGGAACAUUUUUAUGUAUUGGAGAAGUUUUAAAAACCCAGAAAAAAUGCUUUCUGUUUGUUUUUUUUUUUAAUAAAGAAGAAAUGUAAAACCAUC